CAGUUCCUCGCGCGCUCCAUCGACGCUAGCACGCGUCCUUUUUUCACCUUUUUUUCCCCAAGUGAUACACAAGUUUUUACGGUUUUUUCUUGAAUCUCCACUAAUCUAGGCGAGUUGAUGAAUGAUUUUGUCGACGUAAAUGUGAAAUCUUCUGAGGAGAUCCAGUGUGCGGAAAAUUGAAAUCCAAUCCCCGGGAUUUUUUCGGAGAAUUGUGAUUGCGGACUCGGUGACGAGCGAUCAACUGUGUGAGAUAAAUUUUUUGAGAUAAAUCGGGGGAAAAAAAUUGGAGAGGAUUUGCUGGUGGCUGCGGGUUUGUAUGGUUCGGUGUUAUGACUCGAGGAAAUACCCUCGUCUACCUGUAAGGGAACCGGAAAUUUCGGAAUAAAUUCCGUGAUAAGGUGAACCCGAGAGAUCUGAGGAAAUCAUUGAGUGAGGUAGUAGGAUGGAUAAGGAAACACCUGAGAGUUCGAGGGAUCCUGAGCUCGCUGAGGCUGAGAAUAUUGAUGAAGUCAGGGCGGCCCUCAAUCUCAUGUGCGCAUCGACAACACCUAAGACGAAAGCACUUCCUGAGAGAGGCACAUGGAGCACCAAAUUAGAUUUUAUUCUCAGUGUUGUCGGUCUGGCAAUCGGUUUAGGAAAUGUCUGGAGAUUUCCCUAUCUCUGCUACAAGAAUGGCGGUGGAGCUUUUCUGAUUCCAUACUUUUUGGCUCUCAUCCUGGCGGGAAUUCCAAUGUUCUUCAUGGAGCUCGCGCUCGGUCAAAUGUUGACGAUCGGUGGACUUGGGGUUUUCAAAAUAGCACCAUUAUUUAAGGGGAUCGGUUAUGCUGCUGCAGUGAUGUCAUGCUGGAUGAAUGUUUACUAUAUUGUUAUUCUUGCAUGGGCCAUCUUCUAUUUCUUCAUCUCAAUGCGACGCAAUUUACCAUGGGGAUCGUGUGACAAUCUGUGGAACACGAAAUACUGUGUGAAUCCCUACGACAGGAGUCGACUCCCCUGUUGGGAUCAGAUAACCAGGAAUAACACGCUCAUCAAAAUGUGCUCGAUCAAUCACUUCAACGUUUCUGCUGCCGAACUCACUGAUCCCGUGAAAGAAUUCUGGGAACGUCGAGCCCUUCAAAUCAGUAGUGGGAUCGAGCAAGUCGGGACGAUACGAUGGGAGCUCGCUGGUACUCUCCUGCUUGUAUGGAUUAUGUGCUACUUUUGCAUUUGGAAAGGUGUCAAAUGGACAGGAAAAGUCGUUUACUUUACAUCCCUAUUCCCUUACGUGCUCUUAACGAUUCUCCUGAUACGUGGAAUAACUCUGCCAGGGGCUAUGGAGGGAAUUCGAUUCUACGUCAGUCCCAAUCUUUCAAAACUGAAAGAAUCCGAGGUUUGGAUCGACGCAGUCACCCAAAUUUUCUUUUCCUAUGGACUUGGUCUGGGGACUCUGGUUGCCCUUGGAAGUUACAACAAAUUCUCAAACAAUGUUUACAAGGACGCCUUAAUCGUUUGCUCAGUGAAUUCCUCGACGAGUAUGUUUGCGGGUUUCGUUAUAUUCUCGGUCGUCGGUUUCAUGGCCCAUGAGCAGCAAAAACCGGUGGCUGAGGUGGCGGCUUCGGGUCCCGGUUUGGCUUUUCUGGCUUAUCCAUCGGCUGUCCUUCAGCUUCCUGGUGCACCACUUUGGUCCUGUCUAUUCUUCUUCAUGCUCCUGCUCAUUGGACUCGAUUCACAAUUCUGCACGAUGGAGGGAUUCAUCACUGCCAUGGUGGACGAGUGGCCGCAGCUUCUCCGAAGGAGGAAAGAACUGUUUAUAGCAAUCGUUUGCUUGCUCUCUUAUCUCGUUGGUUUGUCUUGCAUAUCUGAGGGAGGAAUGUACGUCUUCCAAAUCCUCGACUCUUACGCCGUCUCUGGCUUCUGUCUUCUAUUUCUCAUCUUCUUCGAGUGCAUUGCAAUCAGUUGGGCAUUCGGUGUCAACCGAUUUUACGAUGCUAUACGUGAUAUGAUUGGAUACUAUCCACUCGCGUGGUGGAAAUUCUGCUGGACAUUCACAACACCAAUGAUCUGCAUCGGGGUUUUCUUCUUUAAUUUGGUGCAAUGGACACCGAUCAAAUAUUUGGAUUACGAGUAUCCUUGGUGGUCUCAUGUUCUCGGAUGGUUUACGGCACUCUCUUCGAUGCUUUGCAUACCUGGUUACAUGAUUUAUAAAUGGCAGACGACACCUGGAACCACCGCUCAGAAAUUCAAGUUGCUCAUUAGAAUAGAAGAGGAUGUGCCAAGUUUGCGGGUAAAAAUGGGCCUGCCAGCUGUGGAACUAGCACCACUAUAGAUACGUCAAAAUUUUGUUGUUCAAAAUUAACUAACCAUUGUUUCAUAAACAAACGAAUGCGCGUUAAUUGUGCUCGGUAAGUACGCUCAUUCAUUGAUCUUGUCGGUAUCAAUGAGUUGAAGUGACGGACGAUAAAUUCAAUAAAAUGCGAAUAUUGAAGGAACAAAUACAAACGCGAUUACUUACUGGCCUUAGAUGACUAGUAUAAAUAACUGUAGGUUCGAUAGUGUUCAGAGAAUGAUUGAGCGCGACGGCAUUUCGACUAGAGACGGAGUAAAUCAUUAUAAAAAUUAAAUAGCAGUCGUUGCCUGCGUCUAGUAUUUCGUGGUUCGAGUUAAGUCGUAGUGGUAUGAGAUAAUGCCCUGGAAAAAUAGUUUCAAGUGGUAAUUACGUGCAAAUAGAACGACAGAAGUUAAAAAAAAAUGAUAAAUCAUUUUAUCCCAUAUAUAAAUUAUUGUCGAUCAUUGCCCUCUGUUAUAUUUAUAAAUAAUUGUGAAUAUGUUAAAUCAAUCACUAUCUAACUACAUUCCUUAGUCAAUACUCUAUUUAUUUUUUUUCCGAAUAUCUCGAUUUGUAUUUUUAUCGUUUCGUACGUAUCUUGAAUUUUUUUAAUCGCAAUAACAAGUAAUUUUUUUUUUGUGUAAUCCGAAUAUAUCC